GUCAAUGUAGCUUAAUUCAUUUCCUAACUGAAUUAAGCCAAAUCCCUAUAAAACAAGGUUUAAAUCAAUUUAAGAGUGUCUACACUGUUUUGCACCUGUUCGACUUACAAUUGCACUUGUUAGGGCUGGUCUACUCACAGACUGGAACCAAAAUGUUCAAUGGCGUGAAUUAAAAUCAAUAUAGCUAUUUCGACCCAAGUCUGUGAGUAAAUAAAUUAUUUGUUAAACCGAUGGAAGAUUGAAUUAUAGACCAGACUCGUGGGCAGUUGUUGAACUGCUCUUCCUUUAACUGGUUGCUGGUGAGCGGGCUGUGGUGUCCCCAUGUUAGUAGCAGCAGCAACAGAAUGGAGGUGGCUGUGGAAACAGCAAGCUGCAGAGAAAUCUUUAUGCACCAGGGCCUUGCUGUGCCCCCUCCCCCUCUCUGAGUAGGUUUUACAUGUACGUUCUGGAGUCAUCACAGAGAGAAUAGGACACACAAACCCACAGCAAAACCCACACAGGCAGAGCUGAGAACUCUUCAGGAAGCUGACUUGAACUAAACCACUCGCUUAUUUUUCAUCACAUUAUGUCUGUCUCUGCUGCCCCAUCACCAGAUGAACUAAACUCAGUCUCUUACACCGGGCUUAUUUGGAAGUGCUAUUUCCAUUAGUACAUGGCAUAGGAGUGGGCAUGUGACCAUCUGGAAGAGGCCGUCUUUAACACAAAUUUGUCGUAAGGAAAAUAUUUUCAGAGUGGAAAGGAAGCUCGUUUUACUCACUGAAGCAUUUGACUGAUAGCAUCACACAGUUGUGUGGGAGAGAAGGGGAUUUUGUACUCAAGUGAAACUCUCGGGUCUUGAGAAGUUAAAGAAUCUGGAUGAAUUCCUACUGAAUGGAGAUUAUUUCAAAAGGUCCCUGAGAACUCUCUUUCUCUCUCUACGGCUCCUGCUCUUCCUGAGUUGAAACGGUGUGUUUUGAGGUGGAAUUUGACAAAAUGCUGGAUUCAAUCAAGUGCGUGCUGGUGGGAGACACCGCCGUGGGGAAAACAUCACUCUUGGUACGUUUCACCUCUGAGACUUUUCCUGAUACCUACAAGCCCACAGUGUAUGAAAACACAGGGGUGGAUGUCUUCAUGGAUGGUGUGCAGAUUAGCCUAGGCCUUUGGGACACAGCAGGCAGUGAUGCCUUCAAAGGCAUCCGCCCCAUCUCAUACCAACAGGCUGACGUGGUGUUAAUGUGCUACUCAGUGGCCAACCACAACUCCUUUUUAAACCUGAGGAAUAAAUGGAUUGGUGAGAUCAGAAGCCAUUUGCCCCGAAUCCCCGUUUUAGUGGUGGCCACUCAGACUGACCAGCGGGAAGCAGGACCCCAUCAUUUGUCCUGCAUCAGCUCAGUUGAUGGGAAGCGGUUGGCCCGGGAGGUCCGAGCUAAAGGCUACUUGGAGUGCUCUGCUCUCAGCAACAGGGGAGUGCAGCAGGUAUUUGAGUAUGCAGUCCGGACUGCAGUCAAUCAAGCCCGAAAACAGAAGAGGAGGAAACUCUUCUCCGUUAACGAGUGCAGGAUCUUUUGAAGUCGCUUUAUUACUCUAUUAGCUGCAUUACUUCUUCCCUUGCACAGAAGUACAUCAGCAUAGAAAAUGGAAGGUGAGCCAAGAAAGGACCUCUGGUAGGAUCACCAUGCUAGUGUUCCUGAUGGGCCAGAUGUACUUGCUACCUGACUUGGCUUUUCCCUUUCCAUGAAUAAUGCACAUGAAAAGUGCAGCUAACUUUCCUUUCUCCACAAAACUGUAAAUGGGCUAUUUUCCUCUCGGCUGUCUGGUCACAGAGCACUGGAGUGAGCCUGAACUGGAGACUUAUGGAUAAUAUCUAUGUUCUUUAAUUUUUCAUUUCUGUUGUUGGUUUAUUUGUCCUCACUUAUUUAAUGAUAGAAGGCCUCUGCUUUGCCUGAAAUCCCUGCUGACAUAACUUCCCAUGCUGAGUUUUUGACUCUAAGAACUUUGUAUAUAUAAUCUGAUUAUUGUAUAUUUAAUUUAAAAAGACAGUUGUACAUUUUGUUUUAAACUCCUCUAAUAUAGUUUGUUUUCUCUAGCUAACCACAAAUGCAGACUGUCAUAUCUGUGAAAUAGUCUCCUAGGACCAAACCCUUGAAGUUCUUAUUGAGGUAAAACCCCCAAUGGAGUGGUAGCAGUGGGCGUGAGAGCUGGAAUACAGGGGAUCAUUAGUGGAACAGAAUCUUUCACCUUUGCUGGUCCAAAUCCACUUUGGUCUGGAAGUGACCAAAAAUUAUCGUUAGUUGAUCUGUGUCUUACAUAAUAUUUAUUUUAUGGUCUCAGCCCAGUUCCCAGCAGAUCGGUGACUGUCUUAGCAAAGAGGCCAAAGACUGAAUGGGCCAGAGGAGACUGAUGUGCUCCCUCAUCUUUAGAGGUGCUGGCUCCCAGAUAAAACUUUUAGGCUCCGGGAUGGGACAGUACAGGGGGGCUCUCACUGUCAUGCAACGUGCUGCUCCUGUUCUGUAGGCAGAAAAUUUCAGUCUCCAGGGAUGACAGACAUUUUUCAUGAGCACUAAAAUUCUCUCUCACACUUUUUUUUUAAUGAACAUUCUUCUGAACAGAGGUUUUGUUGAAACCAAUAAUCUAACAUACUAAGGGUAAUCAAAUACAUGGUGACGUUGAAUUGAUAUAAAUUGAAUCAGCAGCAAACAAUCUCUGGACCUGGGGUGCCAAGCGUAAUUACUUUGGAUUUUUACAAGAUAUAAUUCAAUAUCCUUUACUUACCGGAGGAAACUAACAAUAUUUAGGGUCAAAUCCUUGGGGCCAGGUUAUUCCCCAGCACAGAAAACCUGCAUAUGGGUUUGCAUGGGAUAACUCUAUUGGGGGUGAGGGUGGGCUUUGACCCCCUUUCAGGAUGGCAGUAGUUCAACACACACAACCUGUGGAUUCUCUGAGGUGUGAACUGGUCUCACUGGAAAUCAGGGCCUUUUGUGCUGCCACACCCAUGCAACUCUUGCCCCAUACAAGGGUGCUGGAACAAUUUGUAUAGCAGGAGUGCUGAGAGUCAUUGAACCAAACUGUAAACCCUGUAUAUAGUGGAAACCACUUCAACCCAGGGGGUGCAGCAGCACCCCCAACAGCCCUAGUUCCAGCACCUGUGGCCCCAAGCCACAGCAGCCUUCCAGGGGGUUCCACAGUGUAGUAGGGCACCGCACAAAAGUUAACGCAAGCUUAGGCUGUGGGGGCUUUACAAAGGAUGCCCUGUGGUUGCCAGGAUGGAUGUGUGGGGGGAGAUAGAUUAGUCACAUAUGCAGUGCCUCUCCUUUCCACCUCUAGCUCAACCCCUCCCUUUCUGCUUUCUGUAGGGUCUGAGGAGAUGAUGCCAUGGAAGGCAACACUUCCCCCUUCUAUAUGGGUAAGGAUCCUCUUUACACAUGGAUCCUGGGAGAAAGAUCAGUCCCUGUUCUCACUGAGUCCUUAUUUGGGCAAACUCCUGCUAGCAUUUGGAUGGGAGUGUGGGUGUAAUAACUUGUCUGAUUCAAAACUGAGUAAGAACCUCAGGACUUCGCCUUAGUGUUUUUAGACACCUCCAGUGCUGGGUGGGUCUGCCUUCCUUAGCGAGCAAAUCAUAGUUCAAAUAUAGCUGGGGAGUGAACUGGGUACUCUCAGGGUGCUGCUCCCAGCUUGGUAGGCUAUCAGAGUUUCUCUAAAGAGAGCUUAGCAAAUUAAGUCCUGCUCUUCCCAGCAAUUGCAGACAUGAACUCGCAUUAGACAAAAUAAUGAUGGUUGUUAUUUAUAUGGGGCUCAGAAGCAUACCAGGUGCCCUCUAGAACAAUUUAAGACAUGACACAGUGAGUGUGAGUAGCAAACAAUAGCGCGGGAAUUGAGGGUUGAAAGAAGAAGAGUUCCAUAAUGAAAUCCCAUGGUUACUUAGUUUUGGUAUCAGCCAAUUGCUUGUAUAUUACCUACCUCUUGGAAUUAGAGCUAAGUAGGAGCAAUGGGCAGAGUCAUACUUAAACACUGUUUAAACACUGUUUAAGUUUAAACACUGAGUUCAAUGGGACUAUUCCUAUGAAUAAAAGGACUAAUGUGAGCAAAUAUUUCCAGGAUAGGCCCUUGGACUGUAAGUGUACACAAAGCACUUGAAGUGUUUAUUACACCACCAAGUCCCAGGCUGGUAAACAUUUAUUUCUACUUGAACUUUCCAGUGUUAUCCUAAGGGAGGCCCUUUCAUUACAAACGAGUACUGGGUUCAUACGGGUCAUUUACACUUGUUUUAAAUCCUUUCAAACUCCUGCACCCAGGAUCACAGCAUAGGGGCUCCAGUCAUUUCCUAGCUUAUCUGUAUUCCGCUCUUAAGUUCUGCCACCUCUGACUGCAAAAAUUUAGUCACAGAUUGCAAGCCCAUUGCCCACAGAAACACUAAAAUCUAGCCUGUUAGUGAAUGAAUUUGAACUCAGUGGGACUCUUCACAUGAGUAACAUCAUUCAGAUGCACAGAUGUUUGCAGGAUGAGGUCCUCAAUGAAAACCCUGUAGCCUUGGCAACCACCAUGUUUUUUUCUCCUUAUCAAAUCUCAAUAGUCCUUCAUUACUGAAAACUGUGUUUUCUGUAACCCUAACUAAAGAUUAACGGUUGUUAAUGUCAUGAACAUUAAAAAAUGGGUGCAAAAAGUA